GUCGCUGGGAGCUUGAUCAGGGCAUCGGGUAGGGAGAUCUCUUCACCAUGGAUCCUUCUACGCCCUCCCAGCUGGACCAACCGGGGAUGCGGGGAAGCAUUGGCAGUGCUCUCCUUCAGAACGUCAGGAUAAAUCGCUUCACUGUCGGCGAUCAAGAGUUUGAGUUGCCCGACAAGUACAUCUUCGAAAGGGAUCUUGGGAAGGGAGCUUAUGGGUUUGUCUGCUGCUGCCGGGUUCAAGAAUCAGGAGAACAGGUCGCUGUGAAGAAAGUCAAGAUUCUGGACGAAAUUACAGAAGCCCGGAGAGUCUUCCGAGAGAUAAAGAUUCUCAGGAACCUAAGUCACGUCAACGUGCUCGCAAUCUCAGAAAUUUUUGCCCCCAUGUGUUAUGAGGACUUCACUGCUGUAUUCAUUGUUACCGAUUUUUAUCCUGCGGACUUGUCUCAGAUCAUUAGGUCACCCCAGCAACUCACUGACGUGCACGUUCAAACGUUCAUGUACCAGCUGCUCAGGGGAUUGAAGUAUAUCCACAGUGCAAAUGUAUUGCACAGAGAUCUGAAACCCAACAAUAUUUUGGUCAAUCGUGAUUGCGAUCUUGCCAUCUGUGACUUUGGCCUCGCGCGCAUGACGAACGAGUCGGACAUGGACAAGGAAAUGACUCAAUACGUCGUUACAAGAUGGUAUCGCGCGCCCGAGCUGAUCAUGCUGGCCAAGGACUACACUUCUGCCAUCGACAUCUGGUCAGCAGGAUGUAUCAUGGCAGAGCUUCUUUCACGACGGCCUCUCUUCCCCGGGGCUGACUACGUGAAGCAGCUAGAGUACAUCAUCAACUAUCUUGGGACGCCGACAAAAGAAGAUUUAGAAGCAACAUCAGGCAACGAGCGCGCGUCCAAGUAUGCUGCUUCUCUGGGCAAUGGACAAAAUAACGCGAUCCCGCAUUACUUUCAACACUGCAACCCCAUGGCUGUCGACCUUCUUUGCAAGAUGCUCACCUUCAAUCCCAAGAACCGCAUCACGGCAGUGGAUGCGCUGGAGCAUCCGUACCUGAGUGAAGUCAGAGACCGCGGGAACGAGCCGGUCGCCUCCUCCCCUCUCAACGUGCAGGAGUUCGAGAAGUCGGACAUCUCAUACGAGCAAGUGAAGAGGAUGAUAUGGGAGGAAGUGCAAAGAUUCCACGAUCAGCAGCGAAGACAAUCCCAGGAGGCGGCGGCAAUGCAGAGGGAGGGGAGGGGAGGGGAGGGAGGGGAGGGAGGGGAGGGAGGGAGGGAGGGAGGGAGGGAGGGAGGAGGAUACCCGAAACUUUCUUGCAAGCUUUUCAUGUGCAGAGGGAUCUUGUGA